AUAAACUGCAUGAGGACAGAAGGGUGUGGUCCCAGCCAGAGACUUCCAGGGAACCAAAGCCCCCUGAUUUUCCUCCGGCCUCCAUCCGGCCUCCAUCCGGGCCCUGCAGACCAGAGGGACCAGCCGGAAGCCCGGGAAGAGGAGGGGCCGGGCCUUCUGGCCAUGCUGGAAGCGGUUUCAUUCUUCUUCCACCACUCCAGCCGCCUCAGGAAUGUCCCUAAGCUGGGGGCAGGGAACCCCGGCCUCUUAAGUAGCCUUAACCCUGCAGUUACUCCAGGAACCAGGUGGCGGUGGACAGAAUUACAGCGGGUGACUCAAAGCCUUCGAGGGAGCUCCCCGUUCUCCCUUCUGCGGGGGGAUGCAGACCUGGUCACCUCCUCACCGCUUUUUGGAGGAAGGUGGGGGAGACCGGUGCUGGCUGCCAUGACCUUCACGUGCAGGCUGCUGAUCAGAAAUGGAGCCGCGGUCCUCCCAAACCAUGGGGACCCCAAGAGCCAAGUAAAAGUCAAGACUAUUUCACCUCCUUUUCCUACCACCCUACCUCAGGAGGCUCAGAUGCCCCCCAGCAAGCCUGUGAAGAGGUGCAUCUCUGGAUCUUGGGGAGCAAAUGAAGCCCAGCACUCAAAAGAUGAAUCAUCCAGGUCCCUGGCAGCAGAGGUGAGGGGAGGGCACUUUCUGGCCACCCCAGCCUGGUGGUAGUGACUAACUUCUCAGUCUGGCUUAGGCUGCUGAUGUUCAAAGUCUGAUUACAAGGAUUGUGUGAAAUCUUAGAUCCCAAGAGCUUCAGACUCUUCGAAUCAGCGUCAAAGAAUCAGAGAUCACUUGAACCUUAAGGUAGUCAUCACAGACUAUGAUAUCCCCAUGAAAUUUUUGAAUUCA